UAAGCACACAGAUAAAUAUGAACCUUGGAGAAUUUGCAUUGCUCCAAUGUAAACAGAGAAGCGAGGGUCCCUUAAUCAGUACUGGCCCAGGACAGUUGUGGGGGGUCUGAGGCAGCGCUUUUUUUUUUUGUCUUGGAGAAAUUGGGGGGGUCUGCAGAGAGAAGAUCUGCGGCCAUCCCUACUCUGCCGACGGCUGGACGUGUCACUUCAGAAGCAUGAUGUAGCCCCAGAAAGGCGCUUUGGGGCAAAAGGCGUUGAAGGCGCAGGUUCCAGCAGCGGAGGAGAGUCAGGACCAUGGUCUCCAAACUGACCCAUCUUCAGGUAGAGCUGCUGGCGGCCCUGCUGGAGUCGGGGCUAAGCAAGGAGACCCUGAUCAAAGCCCUGGCGGAGUCUGAUCCCCACCACAGGGAGAGCCGGCAGCCCGGCGGAACCCUCCACACAGAGAAGGGGGGCCCUUGCCCCGAAAUCUCGUGCGUCCCCAAUGGAAUGGGGGAGUCAAGGAUGUCGGAAGAGGAAACCUCUGAUGAUGGGGAAGACUUUACUCCUCCGAUCAUGAAGCAGCUGGAAAACCUGAGUCCCGAAGAGGCUGCUCACCAGAAAGCCGUGGUGGAGAGAUUACUACAGGAGGAUCCCUGGAGGGUGGCCAAGAUGGUGAAGUCCUACCUCCAGCAGCACAACAUCCCCCAACGGGAGGUGGUGGACACGACGGGCUUGAACCAGUCCCACCUCUCCCAGCACCUCAACAAGGGCACGCCCAUGAAGACCCAGAAGAGGGCGGCCCUGUACACCUGGUACGUUCGCAAGCAGCGAGAGGUGGCCCAGCAAUUCACCCACGCCGGCCAGGGUCUCAUGGUGGAAGACCCCAUGGGAGAGGACCUUCCAGCCAAGAAGGGCCGAAGGAACCGCUUCAAGUGGGGCCCAGCGUCACAGCAAAUCCUCUUCCAAGCCUAUGAGAGGCAGAAGAACCCAAGCAAGGAAGAACGGGAGGCCCUAGUAGAAGAAUGCAACAGGGCAGAGUGCCUUCAGCGGGGCGUCUCUCCGUCCCAGGCCCAAGGGCUGGGCUCCAACCUGGUGACUGAGGUGAGGGUUUACAACUGGUUUGCCAACCGCCGGAAAGAGGAGGCCUUCCGGCACAAGCUUGCCAUGGACAGCUACAACGGCCCCCAGUCCGGCUCCGUUCCUGCCUUGGCCUCUCACGGCUCCUCCUCCCUCCAGCCAGUGACUCCGCUCUCCCCAAGCAAAGUCCAUGAGCCAUCUCCCCUCCAGCAGCCGCAGCCGCAGCCAGGCCUCGCCUUCUCAGACCCGGGCCUGAGGUAUGGCCAGCAGCCGGUCAGCGAGACCGACUCCCCCAACAGCAGCCAGCACAGCUCCAUCGUGACCACCCAGGCCAUCCUGCACCAAGCAUCCUCCCCAAGCCUCUGCCUGGCCGGGACUGGCUCAGGACCGGACACCAAGCUGAUCUCUGUCCCAGGGGGCUCGCUUCCCCCUGUCAGCACCCUGACAGCGCUGCACAGUCUGGAGCAGAACCCACAUGCUCUAAGCCAUCAAACGCAGAACCUCAUCAUGGCCUCGCUCCCGGGGGUCAUGGCCAUUGGCCCUGGAGACGCACCUUCCCUGCCGACGUUCACCAACACGGGGGCCUCCACCCUAGUCAUUGGUCUUGCCUCCACUCAAGCGCAGAGUGUCCCUGUGAUCAACAACAUGGGAAGCAGCCUUACCACCCUCCAGCCUGUCCAGUUCUCCCAGCAGCUGCACCCGUCCUACCAGCAGCCAAUUAUGCAGCAAGUCCAGGGCCACCUCAACCAAAGCCCCUUCAUGGCCACCAUGGCCCAGAUCCAGGCUCCUCAUGCUCUCUAUAGCCACAAGCCAGAGGUCACUCAAUAUGCCCAUACCAGCCUUCUACCCCAGACCAUGGUGAUAACAGACACAGCAAACCUCAGCGCCUUGGCCAGCCUGACACCAACCAAACAGAUCUUCACAUCCAAUUCUGAGACCCCCACGGAAUCCGGGCUCCUGACACCACCUGGCCAGCCUUCGGUCCACCUGCAGGGCCAGGAAGGUUCCAUCCAGCAGCACCUUCAGUCGGGCUCCCGCCUGACCUCCAGCCCUGCUGCCUCCUCCGGCAGUUUGGUGCUUUACCAGACCUCCGACUCCACUGAAGGCCACUUGCUGCCCUCCACCCAUGGUGUGAUAGAGACCUUCAUCUCCACCCAAAUGGCGUCUUCCACGCAAUGAUCAGGCAGCCGCUGGACAAUCCGCAACCAUUGCUGAAGCAGGGGGGCCUCCCUCUCCCUCUCCCAUGCCUGACCCCUGCUCCUGGGAGGGAAGGCCUGUCCGUGUCCCGGCCUCCUCCUCUGCCAUGGUUGGCACAGCUCUCCCCCACCCCCCGCGCUGUGAUUUCAGAGCUCUGAGCAAAAAUAUGCACCAAGCAAGCAGAAAGGAAGAGCGGGAGCUUGCGCUGCUGAGAAAAUCUAGAGGAAGUGGACAGGAAGGGCUUUCAGGGGACCACAUUCUUUGAUCUGAGGCUGAGCUGUCCCCGGAGGAAGGCUGCCGAGGGACAAGUGGCAGCUCAGCAGAAGAGUGGGGCUCCUUCGCCGCUCCGGAUGGGCCCCCAGCGCAAGCCUUGGAGGAAGGAGAGAGCAGAGCUGGAGUAAUGUGCCCACAGGCCAAGAACAAAUAAAAGGAAGCAUUCCUCCUCUUGUAAGUGGGGCAGAACAGGGCACACACCCAGGGCGCUGAACCCUGGGAGAACUUGUGGCCACUGCUUUCUAACCAGAUGCAAGUUGGCUACGGCCACAGUGAGCUCCUGGAUGCUUCUCAGCCCACAAGCAGCACCUUGCGCAAGGUAGAAAGCGCAAGGAGAGCAGUCACAAUGCAAGAGGUCUGAACCAGGCAAGCGAAAGAUACUUCCCAGAUCUUCUACAUCAGUGUUUCUCAACCGUGGCAACUUGAAGAUGUAUGGACUUCAAUUCCCAGAAUUCCCCAGCCAGGCAGUUGAAGGCCACACAUCUUCAAGUUGCCAUGGUUGAGAAACACUGUUCUACAUGCUUGCGCAUUGCGCAUUGGUGCAAGGAACUAGGAGUUUCUGCUCUUGCAGCAAUCAAGCAUGACAGCUGCAUCCCAGCACCAAACCAUCCUAAACAGAAUACAGAGGAACUGUUUUCAAAUUCAAAUUAAAAGAGGCACUCAUAAUACAGAUGAGUCUAGCUAAGUAAAACAUGGACCUGGAGUUCAAAUGCCGAAGGUACUGGAAUCUGAGAGUCUCCUCUCCCAUUUUAGAAAUAAGCAAACCAAAUAGCCUGUCCUCAUAAAUGUUAGUAAAAAUAGCAAUAAAUCCCAUCACGUCCAAAAAAGGAUGAGCAUCAUUUCUACAAAUUGCUUAGAAACAAAGGGACUUUGUUGCUGCUUCCAUGAGUCAAAGAAUUUGAUUUGAGACAACCUGCAUCCCAUCAGCUUUUCUCCAUCUGCAUUUGAUAGGCCUCAACCCUCCUUUCCUGGAUUCAGACACCCCCAAGUGCUAGGUUGGUUAGGUAACACAGCCUCUGACUGGGCAUAAUUUGAACCAGUUGCAGAAACAGGAAGUUCUUUUCCCAGAAAGUUUAUUUCUGAAGCGCAAAGCAUUAGCUGCUCUCUGUGCCUUUUUCUACAGAUUGCUCAUCUUGAAAACAGACCUUGGAGACACCUGAGCAGUGGCCAGAGGCCGGUGCAAAGGCUCCAUUAUGUCUGCCGUCAAAAGCAGCAACCCAGACAUAGCCCAUUACGCCACUUCUCAAACUACAACAUUCAAAUUUCCUCCACAGUGAACGUUUGGGGAUCUGCUACCUUCACUCUCGGCCCCGCUGGGGAUCAGUUUCUCCAAACCAAACAGAGAAAGCCAAGAUCUUUCUGUUGCUAAGAGAACCACAGAGGGAAACAUGCUGGUCAAGACUGAGUGAAAAGGAAAAUUAGAACUUAACUAGGCAUAAGAACAGUUAGUCUACCCGUAACACUGAUGUCCUUGCUUAUUUUAGGCUCAAAUAAUUUUUUACCAGGCUUUUGAAUGUCAUAAAUCGGUAGCCAAGGUAUUCCAUUUGGGUAUUUCAAGCUCCAGGGGCUGCUCUUAGGCCCCGGAGUGCUCUGGAGAUUUGACCUCCGGAAUUAAGUGCCUCUUCAGCUCUGUCUUGUAAAUAUAUUUAAUUUUUGGUCAAUCAAACGGGGGAGAUAUUGUAUCUACAAUACUGUUAUGUGUAUUGGCUGUUCAUAAAAUAAGCAUCUCACAGAAA